AUGGUAUCUUAAUCUUAAGAUAGAGACUAAAUGGGUGUUAUUUGGCUUAUGAGAUUUAAUCAUAAUUAUUCAAUACAGUUUAUAGGAAUAGCAAAUAAAAGCAUAAGAUAUAUUUAAGUAGGUAUUUUUUACAUGAGAUCAAAACCAAAUUAAAAAUAUACAAGAAAAUAAGAUGUAGAUUGA